UAUAUAUCCUGCCGGUGAUCUGCAGGUCCAUCUUCUUAGCACCCUCACUCUUGCCUGCCCCAAUUUGGCUUCGUUAUUUGAAUCCGUCGUCAAGGUCCAGUUGGACGGAAUAGGCUAGACUGCUGCAAUCGCCUCUUUCCUCUGCCAGCGCACGCAGCACACUGAUGUCGGUGUCCUCCCUUCUCUCCGCGUCGAACACGUAUGGCCUGGGUACAUAACCUGCACGCCGUCGAUCCCGACAGUCGCAUCGACCGCGACGUCGCGAUUUGUUUGGUCUUCUCGGUCCUGGCCUUUGCGGCUGUGGGCUUGAGGUUCUGGAUCCGUCUGCAGACGAAACGGUGCGCCUGGGCGGAUGACUUUGCGGCGCUGUCCAGUGCCGUGCUGGGGGCGGCGUAUACGGGGAUUGCGGUUGGUCAAACGAGAUGGGGUUUAGGGACCAGCGCGGCUUAUUUUCCGAUUGAGAAUGCGGUGCCGUUUGGGAAGAUUCAAUAUGCCGGUGGCCCGGUGUAUACGCUUGCGUUGCUCGGGUUCAAAGUCUCGUUGUUGUCCUCGUAUCUGCGCAUCGGGGGCUUUAUCCAGGCGUACAAGGUGACGAUCAUCGUGGUGAUUGUCGCCGUGGUGUGCAAUCAGUUGAUUUUUACGUUUUUGCUACUUUUUGCUUGUCGUCCGAUCGCAAAACAGUGGGAUAUGACCAUCCCUGGGAAAUGCAUUAAUACGGUCGCUUCGUACUACGCCCUGGCGGGAACUAGUCUCGGCUUCGACUUGCUGAUCAUCGCGCUGCCGUUGCCGGUGCUGUGGGGGUUGCGAUUGCGGUUGAGGCAGAGGAUCGCCCUGCUGGUCAUCUACGCCGUCGGGUUCUUCAUCACCGUCAUCCAAAUCAUCCGCAUCUUCACCAUCAAAGCCCUUCAGACGUACACGGACAGCGAGCCGAUCGUGGUCUGGUCGAGCGUGGAGAUCAGUCUUGGUGUGAUCGUAUCCUGUGUCCCGACUUACGGCACGUACUUCCACACGUUCGCGACCAACGUCAACGCCUACUGGCGCCGACACAGCAGCACCUUCACGUGGCGAUCGGAUCGGUCGAAUUCCAAUUCUCACGGGGAUUCGAGUCGGAACUCGAAGCGGAAUUCUAACGGGUCGCAGGGAACGACGACGACGACGGCUACGACCACCACGAUCGGGAGUGGGUCGAGGAAGGAGAGGGAGGGGAUGGUGCCGGAGAUGGGCACGAGUCGGUUCGAUGAGUUUAGCGAGUUUGUUUGACCAGAUUACGUUGGUUUUGAUAUAUCGCUCUGUGUGUAGAUUUGUAUUUUCUCUGGACGGAGUUUGUUUUGGGAAGGUGCGGCGGGCAUCCCUGCCUUGUUUGGUGUGCGGCGUUUUUUACCGUUUUCUUCUUCUUCCUCCUC